UUACAAGCAUAAUACGAUCCUAAACACUUAAAUAUACAUCUCUUUAUGAAUAAGCAAGAUUACCUACAUAAUCCUAAUGUUGCCACAAUUAAUUCUAAUUUCCAGUCCGUAUACAAAUUUUCCAAUUGUUUUCAAACGUCUUCCGCAGCUCUUGCUCUCUGCAAUCACACGCUGCAUUUAUUGUUAUGUCCUCAAGUCUAACCCACAACCUCUGGGGCUCUGACAGAACCCGGGCUCCAGUUAUCAGGACCGUCCAUGUUAUUUCUCCGUAACGCUUGGGGGGAAAACAAAAACAAACAAAAAACACCGAGAGCUGGCGCCGUACUUCCUGUCAAACUUAGGUUAGGGGUUACCGCGCAGCAUGCUGGGAACGGAUAUCCUGCGUUUUCCUCUGCGCAUGUGCAGUCGCCCCACUUUCCAGCUUCCACCUCUCCUUGUGUGCGGGUGCGGAGGGUUCGCAACUCAGGAAGGAGGGAGCCCCAGGAACGAGUCCCACCAAAGAACUGCCCUCUGACAGAACGGAGACCUCGUCACGAGGGCUUCCGAACAGAUGCAGAAGAACCCAGAGAGGAGUAGGUCUUGAUUUGCCCAACGGGCAGCAGUUCUUUAUCCCCUUGCCCAGAAAGCUCCAGACUUGGUGAUGUCGCCACAUCCAGAAGCCAUCACAGAUUGCGUGACACUGAAUACUGUGGGCCAACUUGCAGAAGGUGGUUAUCCUUUACGGUUCUCCACACUCUUUCAGGAGCAGCAGAAAAUGAACAUAUCUCAGGCGUCAGUGUCAUUCAAGGACGUGACUAUAGAAUUCACCCAGGAGGAGUGGCAGCAAAUGGCCCCUGUUCAGAAGAGUCUGUACAGAGAUGUGAUGCUGGAGAACUACAGCAACCUCGUCUCAGUGGGGUACUGCCAUUUCAAACCAGAGGUGAUCUUCAAGUUGGAGCAAGGAGAAGAGCCUUGGUUCUCAGAGGAAGAAUUCUCAAACCAGAGUCACCCAAAAGAUUACAGAGGUGAUGACCUGAUCAAGCAGAACAAGAAAAUCAAAGACAAACACUUGCAGCAAGCAAUACGUAUUAAUAAUAAAACAUCGAGUACAGAGGAAGAGAAAGUUUUGGGGAAACCAUUUACUCUGCAUGUAGCUGCUGUUGCUUCAACAAAAAUGUCCUGCAAAUGUGACUCAUGGGGUGUGAAUUUGCAAAGUAUUUCUGAAUUUAUCAUUAAUAAUAGAAACUAUUCAACAAAGAAAAUAGGUUGCUGUAAUGUAUGUGAGAAUUCACCUUUCAAAAUUAACUUUGAGAAAACUCAGACUGGAGAGAAAUUUUAUGAACAUAAUAAAAACAUGAAAGCUCUCAAUUAUAAUGAAAAUCUUCCCAAGCAUCCAAAGUUUCACACUUUGGAGCAAGCUUUUGUAUGUAAUAAAAUUGGAAAAGCCUUUAAUGAUAAGGCUAACUGUGUUAAACGUAAGAGUCCUCACACAGGAGAAACAUCCUCUAAAGAUGAUGAAUUUAGGAAAAAUUGUGAUAAGAAAACUCUCUUUGACCACAGGAAAACUGGCACAGGGAGGAAACACCCGCAUCUUAAUCAGUGUGGGAAAUCCUUUGAGAAGUCACCUGUGGAGGAAUAUAAUAAAUUUAACAUGGGUAUAAAACAUUAUGAAUUAAAUUCAAGUGGAAAUAAUUUCAACAGAAAGGCACACCUCACUGAUCUUCAAACAACUGUCACAGAAGAGAAUCCAUUGGUAAAUAGUGACAGAACACAGACUUGGGUUAAAUCUUCUGAAUGUCAUGAAAAUAAGAAAUCCUACCAGACAUUGGUUCACAGAGUUCGCCAGAGAGGUCACUCGAAGAUAAAACCCUAUAAAUGUAAUGAAUGUGGGAAAUCCUUCUGUCAGAAAGGACAUCUCAUUCAACAUCAGAGAACUCACACAGGCGAGAAACCAUUUGAAUGUAGUGAAUGUGGAAAAACUUUCUCCCAGAAGUCACACCUCAGUACUCAUCAGAGAAUUCACACAGCAGAAAAACCCUAUAAAUGUAAUGAAUGUGGAAAAACAUUUGUCCAGAAGUCAACCCUCAGGGGACAUCAAAGAAUUCACACAGGAGAAAAACCCUAUGAAUGUAGUGAAUGUGGGAAAACUUUUGUUCAGAAGUCCACCCUCAGAGAUCAUCACAGAAUCCACACAGGGGAGAAAUCCUUUCAAUGCAAUGAAUGUGGAAAAACAUUUGGCCAGAAGUCAAACCUCAGAAUACAUCAGAGAACUCACACUGGGGAGAAAACUUACCAGUGUAAUGAAUGUGAAAAAUCCUUCUGGCGAAAAGAUCAUCUCAUUCAACAUCAGAAAACUCACACGGGAGAGAAACCAUUCAAAUGUAAUGAAUGUGGGAAAACUUUUGCCCGGACAUCAACCCUCAGAGUGCAUCAAAGAAUUCACACUGGGGAGAAACCAUUUAAAUGUAAUGAAUGUGGGAAAAAAUUUGUCCGGAAAGCAAUCCUUAGUGAUCAUCAGAGAAUUCACACGGGGGAGAAACCCUUUCAGUGUAAUAAAUGUGGGAAAACUUUUGGCCAGAAAUCAAACCUCAGAAUACAUCAAAGGAUUCACAGUGGGUAGAAAUCUUAUGAAUGCAGUGAAUAUGGGAAAUUACAUAAGAAGUCAACCCUAAGCAUAUACCAGAAAAUUCAGGGAGAGGGGAAUGCCUAUUGAUGUAACAACUAGAAAAUCCUUUCGACAAAAAGAAUACCCCAUUUGAUAUCAGAGAUACACAAAAAACAGUUCAGGGUAGUGAAUGUAAGAAGACAGUCCCAGAAGUAAACCCUCACGGUGAAUCAAAGAAUUCACAUAGGAAAGAAACCAGAUGAAGAUGAAUGCAGGAAGAAUUGUGUCCAAAAGGUAACCUUCCAAGUAUAUCGAAGAAUUCACACAGGCUUUUCUUCUCUUUUCAGAGUACUAUGGAUAGGCCUGAAUGAAGUCAUACCCUAUAGAUAGCUCCCACACAUCACACAGGCUGGUAAUCUCUUCACCAAUACCAGUUUCAUUUUAUUCCGGGCACAUAGUCCAAAUUUCCCAAUCUCCUUUUCAUCCAGGUUGGUCUUUGUGACUGGCUACUAAGAUGUGGAUGUCCAUCCCAGCCUGAAAAAUAAGAGACUUCCCUAACAAAUUACCAGGGCCCUGUCACAACAAAAUGGAUGUCAUUUCUAAGACAAACUUGGUGCCGUGCUUGAAUGCAGCAUGGUACACGAUAAGUCAGUGUGCCUGAAUGAAUAUAUGCAGCAAAAUUCUCUUCUGCAUCUUUCCCAGUUGAACAUGAUGUGAGCAAAAUUUAAGCUUAUACAGUAGUCCCCCCUUAUCUGCAUUUUCACUUUACGCAAUUUCCAUUACCCAUGGUCAACUGCACUUUAAAGUUAUUAAAUGGAUCCAGAAAUAAACAAUUCCUACAUUU